GCAUCAGCCUGGUGCUUGUCCUGCUCCCUGGGGUCCUGCUGUUCAGAGGGUGUUCUCUGGGUGCCAACCAGCAGCAUCUGCACUGGGUGAUGCUCGAAGGCUUAAAACCCAGGGAGGCGCUGAUUUGGGGAACAGCUUGCAGAGGGCACUGCUGAGCCAGCUGAGAGCCUGGUGGAGCCUGCAGCAAGGUAACUGAGUCAAGGAGGAAGGAAGAGAGAAGAAACCUGACCCAGGGGUAAAAAAAAAACACGAACCACCAAAGCAACAUCACGUGUUGUGCCGUGGGACGUCUCCGUCAGCCUCCAAGUGCAGCUGGGUUGGGCACGGAGGACGCAACUGGUAGCCUGUCCCUGCGACCAGGUGGCCAAAACGGUGGGCAAACGUCUGGAGGUAUUUCCAGAGGAAGCUCAGAGCAUCUCAUAGGCUAACGUGGGGUUUUGGAGCUGGACUGACCUGGGCUUGGACUCCAAAGCUGUUUGCUGCAAGGCGUUCCCACCACAGCAGGGCACAAAUGGGCAGCUGCAUGGCCGAAGGUUCUGGCUGCCCGUCGUGGCCAUGGGUGGCCAAAGUGCUCGAGCACGCGGUGGGAUGCAGCGUGGCAAUGUAGAGCAGAUGGACACGGGAUGAGCCCUGUGCUGAGCCUGCUGCUGUCCCUGGCUGGCUGCACCCUGCUUCAGGGCGUGCCGUUCCCACCCCAGGACGUGAGGCUGGAGGCCCAAAACUUCCACGUGCAGCUGCGGUGGGAGCCGGACCCGCGCACCCCUGGCGAGGCCGCGUACCAGGUGGAGUGGAAGAGGCGAACCUCCAACUGGACCAGGGCAGAUGCCUCCUGGGGGAACCACACCGGCUCGCCCUGGGUGUGCCAGCUGUAUUUCGACGAGAUCUACGAUAUCUACUGGGCGAGAGUGAGAGCCACGGAGAACGGCAAGCUGUCCCUGUGGGUCUAUUCCAGUGAGCUGCAGCCGUACAGAGACACAAUUGUGGGCCCCCCCAAGUUGUCCUGGCUGUUCCAGGGCCACAUCCUCAGCAUCAACGUCACUGCGCCGCUCACUCCGUUCAGAGGCAAGAAGGGCUCCUACAAGCCAGUCAACAAAGUGCUGCUGAAGCUGUGGUACUGGCUGCACCUCUACGACGGGGAUGUGCUCACCCAGCAAGUGCCCUGCAGGCGGAGCGUGAGGGGAGCACCGUGCACCUUCAGGCACCUGAAGCCGAGCACUCGGUACUGCGUCCGCACGGUGGCAGUGGGCAUGGCCCCCGAGCGGAGCCGGGAGGCUGAGCAAUGCCUGGUGACCCCGGCAGCUCCUGCAGGCUUCCCCUGGGUCCUCCUCGCCACGCUGAAUGCCACCUUCCUGCUGCUGAGCGUGGCCGGACUCUGCCUGGUCCAUCUGUACAUCUUCCCGAAGCCCUCGGAGAUGCGCCUCCCAAAAACACUCGCCCCUCUGGACGGGAGCAGCGGGGUGCCCACCCUCGCGCUGCAGGAGGACGCGCUCGCCCUGCUGCUGCCAGCUGGCAAGGAGCCGGCAGCGCCUGGAGCCCCGCUGCAGCCCAGGGCGAGGCGUCCCCAGGAGACGAGUGGUUACUGCCCCAACGGGUUUGGGACGGACCGCCCCGAGGAAUGGGACGCAUCCUGCACCCACAGCCAGCCCGGGCAGGCGCUGGGCACCUGGGCAUCGUUGCGGCUGGUGGAGGAGGAGGAGGAACAUGACGGGGAUGCUGCGACAGCUUCCACUGACAGCAGCACAGGAGAUGGGGACUAUGGGACAUCCGAGACGUGGCUCCCCCUGCACCUCCAGCUUUAUUCCAAGUGCCCGUGGCCAGCUCCAGGAGCGGGUGUCAGCCUUCCUCCCUCCCCGCAAACCAUCAGCUUCAGCCCCAGGGAGCUGCGGGAGAGCGAGGCAGGGUGCUGGGUACCGCUCAGCUCUGUGAAGCUGCCGGCCAGAAGGGAGGAGGACGAGGGGCAGCUCCACUGUGCUGUCCACCCCCCGAGGACCGAGCUUCAGCUGGGUGACAGUGCCACGCAGCAGGGUGACACGGGGCGGGCAGCACCAGACUGCCCCUGCCCGGUGCCCCCAGUGCCUCUCGGCACGUCCCACAUGGGCACGCUCCGUGGACGGGUGGCAGCAACAUCUUCAGAGCAUCCCUCUGUGGUUUUGGGUGCUUCUGAGGCAAAAUGUGAGGAAUAGGUGCCACAGCUGAACCCCCCCCAUGCCUUUAUCCAUUUAUCCAUCUACAGAAGUGUGUGUGUGUACUAAUGCAUCUCUCUGUAUACACACGCACAAACAUCUCUUUCAUUAGAGGAGAUUUUUUUUAAUCUUGUCUGGAUAGACUGAUUGCGCCCGGUUAUUUUUAAAUAACACUAAUUUAUUAUGGGAGCUCUCUUCCGCGCUUAUUACCUCUGUGCCACAGAGCGAGUGCUGCCAGUCCUGGGGAAGCUGCUGGGAAAACCUGGGGCUUCCCUGGGGGGAAUCGCACCUGUGGCUGCUCUGUGCCUUGCUGCAGCAUGGGAAAAAAGCCGGUUCUUCAGCAGGAUGGCUUUAUUAUCCCUCCUAUCCAGGCUCCUGGACCCAUGAGGUUCAGUCUGGAUUUGGGAAUGGGGGCUCUGCUCCAUCCCCACCGGGGCAGGAGGGCUGCUGCAGUGCCCCGUGCUGGGGAGCAAAAGGCCAAGGGGGAGCAUCUGGCUCUGGUGGCAUCUGGGGGCUUUUUCUUCUGCCGUGUCAUGGCCAGCGCUGCUCCCUGGGCUGGGAGCGAAGGGAAUGCGGUGGGGGACCUAUUGCUCCAUCGCUUGUCAAUGCAGCAUUGGCCAAAGGUCCCAGCGGUGGCAUGAGGGGCUGCCCCUCUCUGGGGCUGUCCCCAGAAGGGUGCCCUGGGGUCAGCUGGGAUUUUUGUCUGUCCCUGGGGCAGGUGUGUUAGGUGGUGCCUCGCCAGGGCUCCUCUCGGGCUCAGCUGGAACAAGACAGUCUGAUUUUCCUUC